AUGGAGGGCAUUGUCAAAGAGAUUGAUCAACUCUUUGAUCAAUUUAUUAAAUUUGACAUAUUUAUAGACAAUAGCUAUUUUGGUUUAAAAGUUUCUACCCCAGUUCCAGAAUCUUUAUUAAAGAAGAGAGCCACCGCCCAAAAGCGUACCAUUGACCGUGCUGCCAUCGUCAAGCGUCAAGUCCUCAGACGUAACAAGCUCAGAAACGCCUAUUUCAAGCGUGCUGAAAAGUACGUCAAGGAAUACCGUCAAAAGGAACAAGAAGAUGUCCGUCAAAAGCGUAUCGCCAAGAACAACAACACCUUCUACGUCCCAGAAGAAGCCAAGGUUGCCUUUGUCAUCCGUAUUCGUGGUGUCAACGGUGUUUCACCAAAGCCAAAGAAGAUCCUCAGAUUGUUCCGUCUCCUCCAAUUGAACAACGGUGUCUUCAUCAAGCUCAACAAGGCCACCAUCAACAUGCUCAAGUUGGUCGAGCCAUACGUCGCCUAUGGUUAUCCAAACCUCAAGUCUGUCAAGGAACUCGUCUACAAGCGUGGUUACGGAAAGGUCAACAACCGUCGUAUCCCAUUGACUCACAACAAGAUCAUCAAGGCCAAGUUAGGCAAGUUCAACAUGAUCUGUAUGGAAGAUCUUGUCCACGAAAUCUUCACCUGUGGUCCACACUUCAAGCAAGCCUCCAACUUCUUAUGGCCAUUCAAGCUUAACUGUCCACGUGGUGGUUUCAACCACAAGAAGAUUCACUUCCUUGAAGGUGGAGACGCAGGAAAUAGAGAAUCUUACAUUAAUAACCUCAUCCGUAAGAUGAACUAA